AUGCGACUUUUCUCAAUAUUUUCCUUAGUGUGCACUACAGUGCUCAUAGUUUGCACUGCAGUUUUUUCUUCCUCGGCUAUUAUCAUUCCCACACCGGUUAACAUCCCUCAACACUGGUUGAACAAUAAUAUUUUGCGUACUAUAGAUUUAACGUCGCCCAUCGUGCGAGAAACUACCGUAAUAAUUGCACAAAAUGUUCACAAUGAUUUAGUUGGCGAGUAUCAUUUUCCUGUUAAAGAAAAAUUGGAUAAAAAUUUAGCAUGGAUCGAAGCAAAAGAACGGAAAACUGAUAUAGUAUUCGAUGUGGAGAAAGUAGAGUUUGAUUCGAUAAAUCAUAUCCAGUACUAUAAAAUUACAUUUGAUCGUCGUGUCGAGCCUCAGGAGAAAAUCACUUUAAUAAUCAAAACCGUUUUCACUCAUAUUUUAACUCCCGUGCCGUACGAAAUACCGCAAACCGGACGUCAAUAUUUAGUAUAUGAGGGAAGUCAAUAUGCUAAUAGUGCAUAUUUAUCAGAAAAGCAAAAGACCAAUAUCAAACUCGCAUUUAGCACUUUGAUGAGUUAUACGCAAAGAGAGAAUAAGGUUAAUCGUAAUGAGAAAUUAAUAACAUAUGGAUUUUACAAUAAUAUUGCACCUGAUGCUUACGACGAACUCAAAGUGCAUUACGGAUUCCAAAGACCUAUUUUUACAGUGAAAAGGUUUAGACGUGAUCUGGAAGUUAGCCAUUGGGGUGGGAAUUUAGCUAUCGAGGAACACAUUGAUUUAAAACACGACGGGGCAAAACUUAAAGGACAAUUUUCUCGUUUGGAGUAUCAACAAACGAGUCUAUAUGGACACCAAGAUAGCACUGCGGCACGCGAUCUUCAGUUAUUAUUGCCUCCGCGGGCAUCCGAUGUGUAUUAUCGGGAUGAAGUUGGAAAUGUUUCGACAUCCACAUUUAGAAAUGAGCGCGAUAGGUCUGUAUUAGAUUUUAAGCCACGUUAUCCGUUGUUCGGCGGAUGGAAUUACACUUGGAAUCAUGGAUAUAAUGUCCCAUUAAGCGAUUUUGUUCGAUAUCACCCAAAAAGUGACCGAUACAUAUUGAAUGUGCCAUUUCUUCGCGCGUUUACUCAAACAAUGUAUGAUAAAGUACAAGUUCGCGUAAUGUUACCCGAGGGUGCAAAAAAUGUAAAAGUAGAUAUUCCCUUUAGUCUAGACAAAUUAACACAUGGCGUAUUCAAGACGAAUCUCGACACGACAGGUCGAUAUUUGGUGGUACUAGAGAAAACCAAUGUAGUGGAUGAACAUUUUGAAAAUUUCCAGAUUUCUUACACAUAUGAUAAUCUGGAAUUACUACGAAAACCUUUUGUGGUAUCAGGUUUCUUCUUUGCAGGUGCCCCUUGGGACAUUGUGACGCUUGCAUUUUGGAUGCGCUAUCCAAACCCGUUCGCGUCGCAUGUUUUGAGUGUUGAUGUAAUUGAUCGCCAUGUGGAUCCUACUUCUGGUAUGUUACGAACUACGCGACUAAUUUUGAAAAAAGGCAAAGUUCCAAGUUGGGGGAUAGGGUUAAUCAGAACUCCAGAAGCUUAUAUACUCGAAGAAUCUAUUGUCGAUCCUCACACCAAAACAAUGAUAACACGCACAAAGAAUAUUACUCACGUUCGUAAGAUGCAAGUGGAGGAAUGGCAAACGUUCCGUGUAGAUUCACAGAAUAAUGAGUGCACAAAAGUCAAGAUAGAAGCAAAGAUUAUCAGUAAAUUUGGAUGGAGUCCUCUGUCGGAACGUAUUGAAGGGUUCGGGCUUAAAAAAUUUGCGGAUAAUACGGCUACGAGUCGCAUGGGGAUGUCUCACGUCUUGGAAAUGAUUCGAGAGAAUCAACGAUUGCGUUCUCGACGAGGAUUCAUGUCUGCCUGA